AUGCCGCUUCAGCUCGCCAUCGUCGGCGCAGGUGUCGGCGGUCUCACACUUGCGAUAGCUCUAAAACAGAACCCUAAUCUCUCAGUACAACUCUACGAGCGCGCAAGCGAACUCAAAGAAAUAGGAGCCCUCGUGGGCGUCGGGCCAAAUGCUCUUCGAACGCUCGAGAAAUUAGGUGUUGAGGAAGCAUUGACGGAUGAAGUAGGAUGGCGAAAUCCCAAUGGUAUUCCCAUGAUAUUCAGGCAUUGGAAGACGGGAGAGCUUUUAAGCAAAGACGAGUAUCACAACGCCACCAACCGCCGUCAUCAUUAUGCGCGUAUGCAUCACGCGAAGUUACAGAAGGCUAUGUUGAGUAAGUUGAAUGGUGAAGUUCCUAUUCAUCUAGGUAAGAAGGUUUCAACCGUUACGGUGGUGAGAGAAAGGGGUGUGACUGUGACGUUUGAACAUGGAACGACGAUUUCGACGGAUGUAGUGAUAGGGGCUGAUGGAAUCAAGUUGCGAGUAAGGAGAUCAUUUGUUCCGGACCACAAGCUGAAUCGGCUCGGUGAUGUGGUCCUUCGAACUACGUUUGACUACUACGUGAUUGCAGAUAUCAAGGAGAUACCCCAGAAUUCUUCUCAUUUCUCCGGACCACAAGGAUUCUUCUUUGGCACACGCAUGGGCUCCAAUGGCUUCGGCGUAACAUGCUCCUUCGCCGUCGACCCCGAGUCUAAAACUGAACCCUUCCACGAACAAGUCUGGAACGCACCGGCAGACGUAUCAACAAUCCAAGAGAAAUGCAAAGACUGGAGACUACAGAUGUCGAAUUUCCAUGAUCGCGUUACCUUGGUGGGUGAUGCUGUGCAUACGCAUGGUGGUGCAUGGGCCGCUGGUGUUGGAUUGGCGAUCGAUGAUGCGUAUGCUCUCAGUCGUGCGUUUGAGACUGUCUUACCUCCAUCGUUACCGCAGGAGGCAGUAACUGCAGUUCAGAUAGGGUGA